AUGGCCUCCCGCAAUGGUGCCCGGUUGGUCGGCGAUGGUGUGGUCGGACGCCAGGUGGGAGGAAGACAGGUUGGUCCAACGUCGCGGAGAGGGAGCCAUCGUUUGUGUCAAACUAGCAUGGAUACACCGCCUGCAUGCUUCCCCGAGCAGCUGAGGCGAGGAGGGGCAGUAAAUAGCAGUGAACGGCGAAGUGAUGGUGGUGGUGACGAGGCAUGCAUGAUGAGCAGGUAG